GCAGAGCAGCGAGGAGUGUUAGUUAUUCUCUCUCUCUAUAUCCAGCACUGACGCAGCAGCACCAUGGGUAUUGCCCUAUUCACUUCCAAAACCUUCCUCUUCUUGGUCAGCCUCAUUUUUUUGGCGGCUUCUGUGGGUCUGGCCUAUGUUGGAAUAAGCACUAUAGUUACAUAUAAACAAUAUGAAGACCUUCUUGGGAACAUGUAUGUGAUGCUGCCGUCGGUGAUCAUCCUUGCCAUAGCCGUCGUCAUGUUCUUCAUCGCGAUUUUAGGCUGCUGUUCCACUACACAGGAAUCCUGCUGCGGAUUGGGAUGUUUCAUGUUUUUGAUCUCCAUCAUCUUUGCCGCGGGAGUGGCUGCCAUUAUCUUGGGCCUUGUGUAUGUCAAUAAGAUUAACCCUGAACUGGAAAAAAACAUGGACAACCUGUACAAGAAGUACAGUGGGGCUGAUGUCCAAAGCUCAACUGUAGAUUUUAUCCAAGAACAGCUGCAGUGCUGUGGAAGGAAAAAUUACACUGACUGGGAAGAGACAGACUGGUAUAAAAACAACAAGUCCCUGCCUCUGAGUUGCUGUAAGAAGAAUGCCCAGGACUGCCAGCGAGUGAUUGGGCAGAUAAAGGACAUUUACACAGAGGGCUGUGAGCCAAAACUGGAGACUCUGAUACACCAAGUGCUGCGCUACUCCAUGUUUGUCAUCCUUGGAUUCGCCAUUGUAGAGCUCUUUGCAAUGAUAAGUAUGUGUGUGAUCUCCUGCAGACCCGCCCGGCACACCUAUCAUCUCCUAUAGGGGCCCAAGAACAAAACGCAAAGGAGCCUUUAAAGAACAACUUUACUUCUGCUCGUUCAAAUCCCAUAACCUUUGUCUCCAUGAUCUUGUUGUCUGUGUAAAUAAACUCUGAACUUAUACAGCU